GGGUUCGCGGCCGGUCGGGCUGAGGCUCGAGCGGGGACUCCCGAGCGCGAGUUCCGGAUCCCGGUGUGCUGGGGCCGGAGGAGACGGCCGGACGGGCGGCGGCGUAAGGGCUGCGGGACCCAGCACCGUCUGCAUCCUCGGCGGCCCGGUCGAGUCUCCACGGGACGAUCUGCCUCUGCUUUCAUAGUCCUCCACAUUUUUCCAAGAACAGCAGAAAAUGAAUAAAUCUCUGGGCCCAGUGUCAUUCAAGGACGUGGCUGUGGACUUCACCCAGGAGGAGUGGCAGCAGCUGAAUCCUGAGCAGAAGAUAACAUACAGGGAUGUGAUGCUGGAGAACUACAGCAAUCUAGUUUCCGUGGGGUAUCACAUUAUCAAACCGGAUGUUAUCAUCAAGUUGGAACAAGGAGAAGAACCAUGGAUAGUAGAAGGAGAAUUCCUACUUCAGAGCUAUCCAGAUGAUGUCUGGCAAACUGAUGACUUAAUAGUGAGAGUUCAAGAAGAUGAAGUUAAACAGUCAAGGCAACCUGUGUUCAUCAACAAGACUCUGACUGAACAGAGAGGUAAUAUUCCUGGUAAAACUUUUAAGGUAGAAGUGAACCCUGUUCCUUCAAGAAAAAUAGCCUGUAAGAGUAGCCUGUGCAACUCAUGUGAAAAGAGUUUAACAUCUAUUUCAGAAUAUAUUAGUAGUGAUGGAAGCUAUGCAAGAAUGAAACCUGAUGAAUGUAGUGGAUGUGGGAAAUCACUUCUCCAUAUUAAGCUUGAAAAAACUCACCCAGAAGAUAAAUCUUAUGAAUUUAAUCAAAAUGGGGAGCCUUAUACUUUAAAUGAAGAAAGUAUUUAUCAGAAAAUUCAUAUUUUGGAAAAACCCUUUGAAUAUAUUGAAUGCCAAAAAGCCUUCCAAAAGGACACAGUUUUUGUUAAUCACAUGGAAGAGAAGCCCUAUAACUGGAAUGAAUCUGAAAUAGCCUUUCUCCAAAUGUCAAAUCUCAGUGUACAUCAGAGAUCUCAUAUGGAAAUGAAAGCCUAUGAAUGCAGGGAAUGUGGGAAAUCCUUCUGUAAAAAGUCAAAAUUCAUUAUACAUCAGAGGACUCACACAGGAGAGAAACCUUAUGCAUGUACUCAGUGUGGGAAAUCCUUCUGCCAGAAGGGAACCCUCACUGUACAUCUGAGAACACACACAGGGGAAAAGCCCUAUGAAUGUAAUGAAUGUGGGAAAAACUUCUACCAGAAGUUACACCUCAUUCAACAUCAGAGAACUCACUCAGGAGAAAAGCCCUAUGAAUGUAAUUAUUGUGGAAAAUCUUUUUGCCAGAAGACACACCUCACACAACACCAGAGAACACAUUCAGGAGAAAGACCUUAUGUUUGUCAUGACUGCGGGAAGACCUUCUCUCAGAAGUCAGCACUUAAUGACCAUCAGAAAAUUCACACAGGCGUGAAACUCUAUAAGUGUAGUGAAUGUGGGAAAUGCUUCUGUCGCAAGUCUACUCUCACUACCCACCUGAGGACACACACAGGAGAGAAACCCUAUGAAUGUAAUGAAUGUGGAAAAUUCUUCUCUCGGUUAUCAUAUCUCACUGUACAUUAUAGAACACAUUCAGGAGAGAAGCCCUAUGAAUGUACUGAAUGUGGGAAAACUUUCUACCUGAAUUCAGCCCUUAUGAGACACCAGAGAGUACACACAGGAGAGAAGCCUUAUGAAUGUAAUGAAUGUGGAAAAUUAUUCUCCCAGUUGUCAUACCUCACUAUACAUCAUAGAACUCAUUCAGGAGUGAAACCCUAUGAAUGUAGUGAAUGCGGAAAAACCUUCUACCAGAAUUCAGCCCUUUGUCGACAUCGGAGAAUACAUAAAGGAGAAAAGCCCUAUGAAUGUUACAUAUGUGGAAAAUUCUUCUCUCAGAUGUCAUACCUCACUAUACAUCAUAGAAUUCAUUCAGGAGAGAAACCCUAUGAAUGUAGUGAAUGUGGGAAAACCUUCUGCCAGAAUUCAGCCCUUAAUAGACAUCAGAGGACACACACAGGAGAGAAAGCCUAUGAAUGCUACGAAUGUGGGAAAUGCUUCUCUCAGAUGUCAUAUCUCACUAUACAUCACCGAAUUCAUUCAGGAGAGAAACCCUUUGAAUGUAAUGAAUGUGGAAAAGCCUUCUCUCGGAUGUCAUACCUCACUGUACAUUAUAGAACUCAUUCAGGAGAAAAACCCUAUGAAUGUACUGAAUGUGGGAAAAAAUUUUACCACAAAUCAGCCUUCAAUAGCCAUCAAAGAAUUCAUAGGAGAGGGAAUAUGAACGUAAUUGAUGUGGGAAGGCUUCUCUGAAGUCAGACCUCAUCUUAUGUCAGAGAACCCUUUUAGUAUAAUAAAUAAAAGAACCUCCUACCCGAAGUCAAAUGCUAUUGUAUGUCAGAGAGCUACCACAGGUGAGUGUGGACAAGCCCUUGUGCAGUAGACUCAUAAUCUGAAAAUUCAGAGUGGAAACCACAGUUAUAACAAGACCACAUGAUUCAUUAGAUACUAGACUAUACAGGAGUAAAAACUUACAAAUACUUAGAAUGUAUCUAUGUUUCACCGUGGAUUCAGAUGGUUUUACAUAUCAGGGAAUUCAUACCAAGAGGAAAUAUGUCAAUUUAAGGACUGUGGGAAACAUACUUCUUUGGAAAUUAAUUCUAAAAGAUACAUUUCUGAUACCAUAUGAAACAUUUUGUUAAAAAAAAAUCUGUUUAUAAACAUAAUCCUUGUGUAAAUAGAAGCUAUAAAAUUAUCAGGAUAGCUAAUUAAGUCAGUAACAUGAAACUCAUAUAAGCAGUUCCAAGGGAUAUAAGACUUAUUUGGGGCGGUGGGGGGGUUGUUAGUUUGUUUUUUAGUAUGUUACAUUACAUGAAUUUUAUGUUCUGUUUGAUUCAUGUUUGAAAAGCAUUGUAUCCCUAUUGGAAAAAUU